UGUAAGAUGGCGAAUGCGACUUACAGCCAGCCUGUUUGUUUUUCACGUCCUUUUUCUUUAUCGAGCGGAGGCACAGAUCCGAUAUUCGAUCCCAGAGGAGCUGAAAACAGGGUCCCUUGUUGGAAAUGUGGCACAAGAUCUUGGCUUGGAUCUAAAAAGGCUUCGUUCUGGACGGGCCCGUAUCGUUACGGGAGAAAGCAUUCAGUACACAGAGCUGAAAACAGACAAAGGGACUUUAGUUGUGAAUGAGAGAAUAGACCGAGAGCAGCUUUGUGGGGAUUUGACUCCAUGUAGCUUUACCUUUGAGAUUUUAUUGGAAAAACCGAUGGAGCUGCACCCUGUGACGAUAGAGGUAUUGGAUGUAAAUGAUAACGCUCCCACUUUUCAGAACAGUCACUUGGAAUUUGAAAUAAGCGAAUCUGCUGCGCUCGGUUCCCGUUUUGUGCUGGAGAGUGCGGAGGACGCUGAUGUUGGGCAAAACAGUCUGCAGAACUACAUUUUAACUCCGACAGACAAUUUUGUGUUGAAACAAUAUGUUAAUCCGGAUGGAAGUAAAUAUGCUGAAAUGAUGCUUCAGAAGCCUUUAGACAGAGAGGUACAGCCACGCCUAUCUUUAAAACUGUUGGCCGUUGAUGGUGGAAAUCCACAGAAAUCUGGGACAGUAAAUAUAGAGGUAAACGUACUAGAUGCGAAUGACAAUGCUCCGGUGUUUAAUCAAUCCUUAUAUAAGGCCGCGGUGAUUGAAAAUGCCCCAAAAGGCACGCAUGUUGUUACAGUGAAUGCGAGCGACAUUGAUACCGGUUCAAAUGGAAAAGUGGCAUAUUACUUUUCAAAAUCAAAGGCAGGGAUAGCUGAUUUAUUCGAUAUAGAUGAAGCUACUGGUCGAAUAUAUGUGGCAAAGGAAAUCGACUUUGAAAUGGACAAAAAGAUUGAGUUCAGAGUUGAAGCGAAAGAUCAAGGGGGACUGACAGAUUCUAGUAAAGUUGAAAUUGAGGUCUUGGAUAUAAACGAUAAUGCACCGGUCAUUAACGUGAUGUCAUUCACUAGUCCUGUGUCAGAAGACUCAGCUCCGGGUACCACUCUUGGCAUUAUUAAUGUGAAAGAUCUUGAUUCGGGUGAAAACGGACAGGUAAGGUGCACGAUCGAAGGCAGUGUUCCUUUUAAAAUUAAAUCCAAUGUGAGAAGUUAUUAUACACUGAUAACUGAUGCUGCCUUAGAUCGUGAAAGUUUGUCAGAAUUUAACAUCACCGUUAUUGCCUCAGACGCGGGCUCCCCUCCGCUGUCAACCAGAAAAACUUUUAAUCUAAAGGUGUCAGAUGUUAAUGACAAUUCCCCAAAAUUUCCUCGAAAUUUUUAUAGGGCUUGGAUUGUGGAAAAUAACUCUCCUGGUCUUUCUAUCAUGACUGUUAAUGCUAAAGACCCCGAUGAAAACCAAAACGCCCGCGUUUCCUACAUUUUGGAAGAUUGUGAGAUUAAUGGGUCUCCAGUAUCUGAAUACGUUUCUGUUAAUGCAGAAAGUGGAGUGGUGCAUGCAGUGCGUUCGUUUGACUAUGAGCAAAUCAAACAACUGUUAUUCAUUGUAAAAGCGCAGGAUGGAGGCUCUCCUCCACUAAGCAGCAAUGUGACUGUGAAAAUAAUGAUCCAAGACCAGAACGACAACCCCCCUCAGGUUCUGUACCCAGUCCAAACUGGUGGCUCUCUGGUGGCUGAAAUGGUGCCUCGUUCAGCAGAUGUGGGCUAUCUGGUGACUAAAGUGGUGGCUGUUGAUGUGGACUCUGGACAGAAUGCCUGGCUCUCCUAUAAACUGCAGAAAGCCACAGACAGGGCGCUGUUUGAAGUGGGCUUACAGAAUGGAGAAAUCAGAACUAUCCGCCAAGUCACUGAUAAAGAUGCUGUCAAACAAAGACUGACUGUUAUAGUGGAGGACAACGGGCAGCCCUCUCGUUCAGCUACAGUCAUUGUUAACGUGGCGGUGGCAGAUAGCUUCCCUGAAGUGCUAUCGGAGUUCACUGAGUUGACACAUGACAAGGAGUACAAUGACAACCUGACUUUUUACUUGGUCCUGGCUCUGGCUGUAGUUUCCUUCCUCUUCAUCACGUGUUUAGUGGUUAUCAUAUCAGUCAAAAUCUACAGGUGGAGACAGUCUCGCAUCCUGUAUCACUCCAACCUGCCUGUCAUUCCAUAUUAUCCACCACGUUACUCAGACACUUUGGGCACAGGGACUCUGCCACAUGUGUACAAUUACGAGGUGUGCAGGACGACUGACUCCAGAAAGAGUGACUGUAAGUUCGGCAGAGCUGGUAGUCAGAACGUGCUGAUAAUGGACCCCAGUUCUACAGGAACGAUGCAGCGGAUACAGAGUGAAAAGAGCAUCCUGGAUGAACCAGACUCUCCGAUAGAGACUCUAAGGGACGCUGUUGGCCGCUGA